UUUCGGAAGUGCGAACCACGUGCUGUUCUCUGGAACUUCACUUUCACUCCGCUCUCUGUGGAUUACCACUUUCUGCUUUCGGCAUCUGACCAUGGAGAAGCUGUUCGAAUCCGUUCAAGAGAAUCCCAAUCCGCAGGUGGCGGAAAUUACAGGAAAGAUACCUGACUGGGUGGAAGGUCAACUUUUUCGACUGGGGCCUGCCAAAUGGGAUUUCGACGAGGAUUUCUCGCUCAAUCACUGGCUCGAUGGCUCCGCACUCAUGUACAAAUUCACCAUCAAGAAAGGACACGUGGAUGUUAUGACGAGAUUUUUGGAUACACUUGCAUAUCAAAAGAUUUGUCAAAUCAAGAGGCCAGUCUUCACGGAGUUUGGGACAAAAUCGUACCCGGAUCCAUGCAAAAAUGUUUUCUCAAGGUAUUUUUCAAAAAUUGUGCCAUUGGAGAUGACCGACAAUGACAUGGCGAAUGUUUACCUGUUGGAUGACGAAUUGUAUGCAUCUUCCGAGACUUGCCACAUUUGGAAAGUGAAUCCUGAAGACCUCAAAUGUGUCAAGAAGACAGAUAUAAAGGAACUGCUCUCUGUGAACUUGGCUAGCUCUCACCCCCAUCACAGCCCGGAUGGAACUGUCUACAACCUGGGCGCCAGUUAUCUCUCGGGGUUACGCUAUCACAUCCUCAAGAUGACUCCUCUUUCCCCACAUUCUCUCAAAGAACCCAAAGGGUUUGAGCGUGCGUCCAUUUUAACUAGUAUCAAUUCCAACCAGAAAACAAGUUUCAGCUAUUACCACAGCUUCGGCUUGACGGAGAAUUACAUUUUGUUCGUGGAGCAACCCCUACUGGUCAAUACUGUCCGGAUGGCCGCAUCGGGUAUCAAAGGGUAUAGUCUCAAAGAGUGCUUUGACUGGAAUCCUGCUCAGAAGACCCGCUUUCAUCUCAUCGAUCGUGUAUCUGGGCACGAAAUCAAAACCAAGUAUCAGUCAGAAGCGUUCUUCUUUUUCCACCACAUCAAUACCUAUGAGGAGGAUGGACACGUGGUGGCUGAUAUCCAGGCCUUCCCCGAUCCAGAAGUGCUGGACAAGUUUUACAUGAGCAAGCUUCGUCUCGGGGAAUUUGAUGUCUCUUGCCAGCCCAUCUUCACAAGAUUUGUAUUGCCUCUGAAAACCGAUGGAAAGAAAGGAGAAAACUUGGUUACUUUGAAAAAUACCCAAGCCACUGCAAUUAAGCAAGAUAAUGGAGUUGUGUUCCUAGAACCUGAACAAAAAGGAGAAGCUGGUUAUGAAAUGCCAACCAUAAAUUAUUCCAUGUUCAAUACAAGAAAAUAUCGAUACGUAUAUGGUAGCGGAGUUUUUGAAACGGGAAAAUUUGCCAACUCGUUGAUCAAGUUAGACAACUCAACUGGCGAGAUGACAGUAUGGAAGGGCACUGACAAAAUGUAUCCAAGUGAGAUAACCUAUGUUCCUAGACCAGGGUCCAAAGAGGAAGAUGAUGGUGUUUUGCUUUCUGUAGUUCUCGAUGUUAGUUCAGAUACCCGAGACUUCUUGAUGGUGCUGGAUGCCAAACAUUUUCAAGAAUUGGGAAGAGCCUAUGUACCAAGAACAGUGCAUCUGCCUCCCACAAUCCAUGGCUUGUUCCGCCGAAACUGAAGCUUAGUGGCUCUUUAAUGUAUUUAUGAAUUAUUGUCUGCAAUCGUAGAUUGUAAAUAUGUGAAUGAGUCUUUUAUUAUCAACUGCUGUAUAUUUAUUUUAAAGCUUUUUAGCUGCUUGAUGUACAUUUUUCCUUUUUAUUAUCCAUAAACUGUGUGAUUCAGA